UUAUGCUACGCCUCUCCCUAUUUACAGUUUUCAUUGUAUACUCGACUGAUUCUUGUGAUUAUUGAGUUUACUUCGUAGCCUUUUUUCAAAAGAGCUGUAAUCGAUAUCUAGCUCGAAAGAAAACGUACUUAUAAUUCUCUCUAUUAUGUUUCUAAUCACUAAACUUGCAAAACUGAAGACUGAUCAUUUAGCUGUGACGCAAUAACUGCUAGAGUUCAAGAAGGCUUUAACCAUUGAAUGCGAUGAAUAUGCCACUAAUGAUCAGUAAUGCAACUAUGUAUGUAAAUUAUAUUUCACAGCUUGUAGUACUACUGGCUCAGUCGCCUCAAUAAUUUACUAAUAAGUGCAGAAUGCAUAUUGACGGACUGCCCUUGGUACGGCUACUUUAUUUUGAAGGCUAUACUUGCAUGUAUCAAACAUUUGAGAUUUCUUUCUUAACAGAAGAACGUAAACAUUCAAACUGACUGACGACGAGUGAGAUGAGAGAGAACGCUUGUAAUAAUUUAUCUCCAUACUAUUAUCCUGUUGCUUCAAAUACUUUUUAAAAUUCAUCUCACCCACGCUGCUGAUAAGAAGACAGAAUAUUCUAAUCAUUUGAGAUGAACACACUGACAGAUGGACAAUUACUUUGCUCGUAUUCAAAAUACAACAGAAGUGAUGAAUUUGAUUCAACUGAAUCACAUCAAAUCGAAUUGUCGAACGUUUUACUGAAUUUUCGGUCUCUGAUGAACAUAAGGGUUUUCCAUCAAAAAUCAGUUUUGAAAGAAAAAAUCCCUUUUCAGGCAAUUUGAGGUCGUCGCUCUACUCUAAAAAUCUACUUAAGCUUCAUCGAAAACUUAAGUACAUCCAGUUCUGUAUCACAUUCUACGUCAAACAUAAAACUAUCUGUUUUGUUUUUUCAAAAAUGUUCUAUGAUAAUGAAUAGCAACGAACACUACAACUACAAUUCUAACCACAACCACAAUUACAGUUACAACUACUACUCAACAGAUAGUACCACUACGAGCACCUGCUAUUGACAUUCAUCCGAAUGCAAAAUGGACACAGAAUGGUCUCACUGUGGCUGGAGGCAUUGGAUCAGGCAAUGGAAUCAAUCAACUCUCUUUCCCAUACGGUUUGUUUGUCGAUGACAAUCAAACUAUUUAUAUCGCUGAUACGUCGAAUCAACGUAUUGUGGAAUGGAAAUAUGGAGCAACGAGUGGCCAAGUGGUUGCCGGUGGAAAUGGACAAGGAAAUGGAGUUAAUCAGUUGGACACGCCCGUUGAUGUUAUUGUCGACAAAGAGAAAGAUAGUCUCAUCAUCUGCGAUUACGCGAAUAAUAGAGUAGUUCGAUGGCCUCGUCAAAAUGGUACUAGUGGAGAAACAAUCAUCUCGAACAUCUCUUGCAUCGCUUUGACAAUGGAUGAGAAUGGAUCUCUCUAUGUCGUUGACGCAGGAAAACAUGAAGUGAGACGAUAUCAAAUUGGUGAUACUGAAGGAAUAGUGGUUGCAGGUGGCAAUGGAUAUGGAAAUCGUCUUGAUCAACUCUCUACCCCCUCCUAUGUAUUUGUCGAUCGAGAUCAUUCAGUGUACGUGUCUGAUAAGCUAAAUAAUCGUGUGAUGCAAUGGAAGGACGGUGCAAAAGAAGGCAUUGUUGUAGCCGGUAGUCAAGGGCAACGAAAUAGUCUUUCACAAUUGUAUUAUCCUGAAGGAGUUGUUGUCGAUCAAUUGGGUACUGUCUAUGUGGUUGAUGGUUGGAAUUAUCGAAUCAUGCGUUGGCCAAAAGGAGCCACACAGGGAAGUGUCAUUGCUGGUGGAAAUGAUAGAGGAGGACAGUCAAAUCAAUUCUAUUAUCCAAUUGGUUUAUCAUUCGAUCGACAUGGCAAUCUCUAUGUCGCUGAUCAAUGGAAUCAUCGAGUACAAAAAUUUAAUAUCGAACAGACAACAAAUUAA